UGUUGGAACAGUGCACACUUGGACCAUUUCCAGCAGCCACCCAAGAUGAGCAAAGUCACGGGGCCCGACCUCAAGCGCUACAUGGACAAGACGCUGAGCAUCAAGCUCAAUGGCAACAGAAAGGUGUCGGGCAUCCUGCGGGGGUUUGACCAGUUCAUGAACAUCACAUUGGACGACACGAUCGAAGAAGUUUCGCAGACCGAAGCCAACAAGAUCGGGAUGGUUGUGAUCCGAGGGAACAGCAUCGUACAGUUCGAGUGUUUGGACCGCAUUUAGUACCUUGCCGCUGCUCCGCCCCUUCCGAUCUCCGACUCGACUCCAGACGAUGGUUAAGUUGGAUAUAUGAUGAUAUGCUAUUUCACGUUUAUUCUACUCUGCAACAAUUACAUCAGACACACACAUCGUCUCGUGCUGUCCUCGCCGCCACCACUACCACUUUCUCGAGCUUCGUCAGAACUGACGCAGGACCCAAUUCGCCAACUCGUCGUCCACAGGAUAGCAAUAUGGCGCC